AUUUGAAUUUACUUGGACUGAUUUAUUUCCGAAUAUGUUUUGAGUAAAUUUUUCUCAACAAUGUCUAUAAAUAUGGUUGAUAAGCAAAACCAAAUUGAUGAACAACAAAAAUGGGGAUUGGAGGUAUAGGCGCCAGCACCAAACGGCGAGUAGAAAUCCAUCCGUACCGGAGCCAAUCGCCGCCACUGUUGCACCAACCACCGCCUCCGCCGCCACAAUUCUCCCCUGCAGUUUACAGAGCCAUAUUACUAGCCGCGGCGGUCGGCCUAAUGUACGUUGUUCUCGGCCAAUCCGAUUCUCCCCCUCCGCAGCUCCCAAUAUCGCCUCCAUCGUCGCCGCGGGAAGAUUCCACACAAACAAAUCUCUCUCCGGAGAGAGAAAGCGAGGCAUCCUUGUUUCACAUGUUCAAAUCUGAAGAUCUAACGUCUCAGAAAUGGGAGAAGGAUGGGAACGAGUUGGAGUUGAUACUAAGAAAGGCAUCGAUUGAGGAUCGGAAAACUGUGAUCAUAACUACUGUGAAUGCAGCAUGGAUGGAACCGUCUUCCCUAUUCGAUCUAUUUUUGGAGAGUUUCAAAAUUGGGAAUGAGACACAAAAAUUUCUGGAGAAUCUCGUGGUGGUGGCUAUGGAUCAAGAGGCCUAUCAUCGUUGCAAAAUGGUUCACCGCCACUGUUUCGCCCUAACCACCGAGGGCGUCGACUUUUCCGGCGAGGCGAAGUUCAGGAGCGGCGAUUAUCUGGAGAUGAUGUGGAGAAGGAUUGAUUUCCUGCGCUCUGUUCUCGAGAUGGGAUACAGCUUUAUAUUUUCGGAUGUUGAUAUAGCAUGGAUGAGGGAUCCCUUCCCAAGAUUGUACGAAGAGGGCGACAUCCAGAUGGCAUGCGACGUAUUCGUAUUCAACUCCACCAGCCGUUGGAACUUCCCAAACGCGGGCUUCGUGUACGCCAAAUCCAACCCCCGCAGUAUCCAGUUCUACAAAUACUGGGUGGCGAAGAGGGAGGCCGGCAAGCACGACCAAGACGUGUUCUACAAGAUCAAGCACGACCCGUUUAUGGAGGAGAUCGGGUUGGACCUGCGGUUCCUGGACACGGCCUACUUCAGCGGGCUGUGCGAGCCGAGCCGGGAUCUGGAUGAGGUGGUGACGAUGCACGCCAACUGCUGCACCAAAUUGAAGAGCAAGAUCCACGACAUCCGAAUGGUGAUUGAGGAUUGGAAGAAUUAUAAGAUGGGCGGACCCAACAAGUGGUCUGUGCCAAGGAUAUGUGGUGUCCGGAAAGCAGACUUGGAAAAAAUGAAGGCGCUUGCCCGCGCUGCCCACGCUUGAUUUUUUGUUUUCUUUACUUGCCUCUUUCUUCAUUGUUUUCUUUUUUUUAAUUAUUAAGGGCCUCGUGCAUUAAUUGCGUUGUUGUUAUAUAUAAAAGUGCAUGCAUGGUGGUAA